GCUGGUCUCGGGGUGAAUGCCUGUGCUUCGGCUCUGGUGUUUCAGAGGUCUCACCUCAGCCCUUGCCCACAGCUUGCAGCUACACGUCCCUGCUUGUUGACUGUUCCUGCUCGUUCCAAGCUCUUAAUGCUGCAAGGGACAGAGAAGACAUGGGGGGCAGUGUUUUGUAUCCAUAUGCUGAGGUGGUUGCGCUUGUAACAGUGCAAAGAAAUGGGAAGAGUGAGAAGCAGUGACAGUGGUGAGCCAGCGCCACCGGUGUCCCAUAUGGUCAGGGGUGCUCCCACGCCUCUGCCUCGGGAGGUGGCCCUGGGCUCCCCACCUUCGCAGGGGAAUGUGUCCCCACUACCACAAGGUUGGUGUUGGUAGCCUCAAAGCCCUUGCAUGUCUGCUCCAGGAGAGGAAGGUUCCUCCGCCACCGGCAAGAGCAGGGAAAGAUUCCUGGUGGCUGAACAGUGGGGCAAGGCCAAGGUAAGAAGGGACUGGCCAGGUGUCAGGAGCAGGCGCCCAGCGGGAUCAGCCGCUGCUGUGGCUCAGUCUGAGGUCUCUGCUUACAGCCCAGAAGGGUCCCUCACUGUGCCCCACUUUGCCUUGGGGUGCCCUCCCGUACCAGGGAGGCUGUGAGACGGCUGGGGCUGCCCUGGCAGUGGUGUCACAGGUUGUGCCAGUGUGAGUCAUGCCCGGAGCUGGCUGAGUCACCUCCCCCGUGGUGGGAGCUUUCUCAAGUGAGGAGCUUUCUCAGACUCACAUCGUGGUGCCAAAGGCAGUGUGGCUCCUCACCACGGGGUGCCAGAGGUGGGUGUAACAGAAGGUUGCUGCAGCAAGUGCAUAGUGCCAGAGCAGUGUGGCAGCUGCCCACUGUCCCUGGGGGUUCACUUACCACCACAGCCCUGAGAGUACCUGCCCUGCUGCACCCCCAGGGUGCAGCAGAAGGUCCCCUGCCCCUCCGCAGUGGUCACCUCUGUGCUACAAUAGGCAUGUGGACUCCAUGGGGCAGUGUCACUGGCUGAAGCUUCUGUUUUUAAUCCCAGGUCCCAGCAGCCCGUCAUGUCUGUGGGUAGCAGAACAGCUCCAGCACACCCGUCCCUUUCCAUGGCCCCCGGCGUGGCAGCGCAGUGCGGGGAGAUGGACGGGCUGUGGUAGGAUGAGCCCUGCCCCGCUCCUGCUGCUCUCCCUGGCCAGCUGCUCCCUGCUCCAGGGUAAGCCAGUGCUGAAGCUGUCACCACAGUCUCGGGGGGCCCUGACUGCAGGGCAGGAGGAGGCACAGGGACACCUCUCAGACGUACUGAAGGUACCUGUGAAGAGGAGAGGCCCAAGUGGUCAUCAAGGGAUGCUACUGAGGCCACAGCGCGUGAGGCUGGAGGCACAGAACUUCCACGUCCGGCUGCACUGGGAGCCAGACCCCAGCUUACCCAGCUCUGCCACCUACGAGGUGGAGUGGAGGAACAGAACCUCGAACUGGACCAAGGCAGGUGCCUGUGGGGAGAACAGCAGAAACUCCUGGGGGUGUGAGCUGCAUUUUGACAGGAUUCAUGAUAUCUACUGGGCACGGGUGAGAGUGGUGGCCGGAGGUGAGCAGUCCGAGUGGGCCAGUUCCAGCGAGCUGCAGCUGUACAGAGACACAAUUGUUGGCCCCCCCAAAUUGUCCUUGCUGCUCCAGGACCAAAUUCUCAGCGUAAACAUCACCACACCACUCACUCCCUACAAGAGAAGGACUGGCUCCUACAAGCGAGUCAACCAAGUGCUGCUGAAGCUGGGGUACUGGCUGCACCUCUACGAGGGGGAGCUGCUUGUCCAGCAGGUGCCCUGCAGGCAGAGGAGUAAAGAAGUGCCCUGCAGCUUUGAGCACCUGAAGGCCAGCACACAGUACUGUGUGCGGACAGCGGCUGUGGGCAUUGCCCGGGAGCGGAGCCGGGAGGCGGAGCAGUGCCUGCUGACCCCUGCAGCCCCUUCAGGUUUUCCCUGGCUCCCUGCUGCGCUGAGUGCCUUCUUCCUGCUGCUGCUACUAAGUGUGGCCGGGUUCUGCAUCAUGUGGCUGCACGUCUUUCCCAAUUCUCCACAGACGUGCCUCCCAAAAGCACUGGCUCUCCAGAACAUGAGUGUGACCAUGCAGCUGCCUCCACUCCAGCUUGAGGAGGACCCCCUGGCCCAGCUCCUGCAGACUGCACUCCCCUCCCACGGGCCACCCACAGCACCAGCCAUGGUCCCACGGCUCCUCCGAGGCCUUGCCCAGGGUGUGAGUGACUACUGUGCCAAUGGCUUCAGCCCAAACUGCACUGAGGGAAGGGAGACAUCCUGCACCCACAGUCAGCUGGGACCUGCUGUAGCUUCCCAGCUCCCCUCCCAGCUGGAGGAGGAUGAGGAGGCAGGUGAUGGGGAUGAUUUGCCAGAGCAGCUGGUGCUAGUGGGACUGGCUGGACACAGCUACAGAGGUGACAGGGACAGGCAGAUACCUGAGCUACGGCAGCCCCUGCACCUCCAGCUUUAUUCUAAAUGCCAGUGCCCAGUCCUGGGAGCAGGCAGCCACCUUCCUCUGCCCGUGCCAAGCAGAAGCUGCAGGCAGGAGUACCUGCAGGAGAGUCUCGGCACGGCUGGGCACUGGAUCCGGCUCAGCUCCGUGAAGCUCCUGGCUGGUGUGGAGGCAGAGGGAGGGCAGCACCUCUGUGCUCCCCAAACCCUGCGUGGUGACAGGACUGAGCCAGAACAAGGUGACAGCACCGCUCAGCGAGGCUGCUCGGAGCGGGCAGAACCAGAACCGUGCCCCUCCUGCCCCGGCCAGCUGCCCCCCUCACCCCUGCGGCCAGUGGCCUCCUCUGGCUACGAGCCCCGUGCCCCCAUCGGGCAGUGAGCCUCAGCCAGCGGGGCUCCCCACAGCCUCCAGCUCCAGCAGAGCCCUCCCCGGCCUCCCUGGCCCUGAGGCUGCGUGUCCCAGCCUGCUGCUGCUGGGGAUGGCACUGGGGCAGCUCCCAGGGCAGGCAGAGUCGUAUUCCAAGGAUCUGCCAAGGAUGGGCAGGAUCCAGAUCUUUCCUCUGAACUUUGGUGCUCUUGAGACACAGCAUAAGGAGAUAAGGAGUAUGAACCAACGCUGAGCCCUCAAAACUCUUAUCUAGAGAUGUGUCUGUAUGGUACAGUAGUUAUACUAAUGUUUAUACAUACAUAUUUAUAAAACUCUUUAAUGAAAAAAUGUUGAGGUUUUAACUUCUGUGGAAAUGUUGAUUCUGUGCUGGAGUUUUUUUUAAAUAUCACUAAUUUAUUCUAGAAAA